AUGCAGGCUUGCAGUUUUCUCAUCUUCUGUAUCCACGUGCUGUUCUUGAUCGGGGUUCCUCUUCUAUUCCUGGAGAUGGCAGCUGGUCAGAGAAUGCAUCAGGGCAGCAUUGGUGUAUGGAAGGUCAUCAGCCCCUGGAUUGGUGGUGUGGGGUAUACCAGCUUCAUGGUGUGCUUCAUCACCAACUUAUACUUGAAUGUGGUCAAUGCCUGGAUCCUGUCCUACUUGGCCCAGUCCUUCCAGUUUCCAGGUCCAUGGGAGAACUGUCCCUUAUUGAUGAACUCCAGUGAAUUUGGUCCCCCCAGAUCCUGAAGGACAACACCUUCCAUGUACUUCUGGUACCUGCUGACCUUGAAGGCCUCAGACAGAAUUGAGGAUGGUGGGUCACCAGUCUUCAGUCUGAAAUUGUUCUUAUUGGUGUCCUGGUAUCUUGUUAGCGCUUUCAUUAUUAAUGGGCUCAAGUUCUCUGGAAAGGUAAUGUAUGUCUUGGUACCAGUCUCUUAUUGCAUCGUCCUCAGUUUCCUCAUGUGUCUACUGCUCUAAGGGGCAGUAUUUGGCCUUCAGUAUUUGAUGCUUUCCGAGAUACCAACUAUGUACAACAUGGAUGUAUGGCAUGAAGUAGGGAACCGGGUCUUGUUUGCCUUGUGUCUAGGCUUUGGCCUUGUCUCCUUAUCCUCGCACAUGUACCCAUCCAGCAACUGUCUCAUUGAUGCCUUGGUCGUGACUCUGGUCAACCUGCUCAGCAUGCUGCUGGUCACAUCUUUUUACUUCUGUGUCCUGGGCUUUUGGGCCACAGUCAUCACGCACCGCUGCAGUGAGAAGAAUGCUGAAAUGCUUGAGAAGCUGAUAACCAUAGGGAAAUUCCCUCUUGAGGCCCAGCCCCCUUCCAAUCGGGUUGAUAGCCCUACCUGCCUUGACUCCUGGCUGGACAGCCUUCUCCAGCACAUCAAGAGCAUUGUCCUCAGCCACUUGAGUGACUGCAACUUAGAGAAGCAGUUUUUGAAGGUUAAGGAGGGCCCAAGCCUUGCAUUCAUGGCCUUCGUUGAAACCAUGUCAUUCAUUCCUGGGUCUGUCUGCUGGUCUAUCCUCUUCCUGUUUUUGCUGACAUUGGGGCUGAGCACCAUGGUAGGGAUCAUGCAGGGCGUCCUAACCCUACUCCAGGACACCUUUUCUUCUUUCAGGAAAUACACAAAACAGCCUACCGUGGUUGUCUUUGGGCUCAUGUUCCUGUGUGGCUUCUUCUUCACUCGACCUUCAGGCAUCUACUUCAUCAGCCUGCUGAAUGAAUACUGAACAGUCCUCCCCAUCAUCAUCAUCAUCAUGUUCCUUGAAGACUUUGCGAUCAUGUGGGGACCCCUCAUCUCUCUCAUCCAUUGGCUGUGGUGCUUUCCCUGUCCCAUUGUGCUGCUAGCCCUGUUUGUGAUUACUCUGAUUCAUCUGUCUCUGAAGACUAUCACCUAUGUGGCCUGGGACUCAGUGUGA